UGGUCGCUGCGAGUGAGUUUGGCGAGGCGGCGAGAGAAAGCACCAUGCACAUUUGUGGUUCCGGGCGGCCCGAGCACCUCUCGAACGUCCCAGCGGAGCGAGCAUCGGCGCGAGUGCAGUGCUAGUGGCGGCGAGCGAGUGCGAGUGGCGCGGCGAGUGCGAGGGAGGCGCUGACGGCGGCGGCGAGCGAGGCGGAGGCCAGGCAGGCAGGGACGAGCAGCGAGAGCAGGGAGGCAGGGAGCGAGGCAGGGAGGCAGGCAGAGGAGGCAGAGGAGGCAGAGGCAGGCAGAGGAGGCAGGACGCGGGGAGCGAGGCAGGCAGGCAGGCAGGGAGGCAGGAGCGAGCGGAGGCCCGCCCAGCCUGUUGGGGAUCCCGAAGCGCUCCUUCACCUGCGCCAUGAACGGCCUAAGCCUGAGGGACAUCUGCUGCCUGUUCUGCUGGCCGCCGUGCCCCUCCAGCAUCGCGGCCAAGAUGGCCUUCAUCCCGCCCGAGGCCACCUACAGCUUCAGUGCCGAUGAGACUGGGUCGCGGCACGGCCUGCACCUCACGGAGAAGGCGGAGUGGCAGUUCACGGACAAGGAGAAGGAGGCCAUCGAGGUCUUCUACACGCGCACCAACCGAGGCAACAAGAUCGCCUGCAUGUUUGUGCGCUGCUCGCCCAACGCGCGUUUCUGCAUCCUGUUCUCGCACGGCAAUGCGGCCGACUUGGGGCACAUGAGCAGCUUCUACCUGAGUCUGGGCACUCGCAUCAACUGCAACAUCUUCAGCUACGACUACUCCGGCUAUGGCGUCAGCACGGGCAAGCCGUCAGAGAAGAACCUGUACUCAGACAUUGACGCGGCCUGGCACGCCCUGCGCACGCGCUAUGGCAUUUCGCCCGAGAACAUCAUCCUGUAUGGCCAGAGCAUUGGCACGGCGGCCACUAUAGACCUGGCCUCGCGCUACGAGGUGGGCGCCGUCAUCCUCCACUCCCCCCUCAUGUCCGGCAUCAGGGUGCUGUUCAACACCAAGAGAACGUGGUUCUUCGACGCAUUCCCAAGGUGA